AAUCCUCAGUCACUCCAAGUGUUUGGAACCCGGAGCGAAACAAGGGAGCGGGCUUUCCAUCCAUCUGCAGCAACUUAUCAUCUCUGAGUCUGUGGCGCGGGUCCGUUCACUUUAUCUCACUUAUUUACGUUAUUAUAGAUUUUUGUUUUCUCUCACAGCUGAAAAACGAGACAACGAAGACGCACCAGCACAUCUGCUGCUCUCACGAGUCCUCCGAGUUGGGACGUUUUGUUUUUUUUCUCCCCGCACACUCGCUUGACAUUUGCUUGAAGGACUCGAGAGCCUGUCAGAGUUCCUCCAGCCACACCGCGUGGUGCGGGAGUUUCCAGCUGAUCCGGGGAGUUCUCCAAUGCAAAAGUACAUGUAUGAGAAAGCGAUGGCUCAAGAGACCAGGAACGGUGGAACCUCUACAUUAAACAACAACAACGGCGUUGACAACAGCAAGAGAAAGCUGUUGAUAGCGCUCGACAUCUUCUGCCUUCUUCUCGCUAGCCUGCCUUUCCUGAUCAUUGAGACUAGCACCAUAAAGCCGUACCACCGCGGGUUUUACUGUUCGGACGAGUCCAUCCGCUACCCCCGAAAAGAGGGAGACACCAUUAGUGAUGCUGUUCUUUGCGGUGUUGGCAUUCUUAUUGCCAUCUUCUCUAUUGUGAUUGGGGAAUGCUACAGGAUUCACCAGCUACAUGAGGGAACCAAGUCUUUCGUCGGGAAUCCCUACGUGGCCGCUCUCUAUAAACAGAUGGGCGUGUUUCUCUUCGGUUGUGCGGUCAGUCAGUCAUUCACAGACAUCGCCAAGGUGUCGGUGGGUCGCAUGAGACCCCACUUCAUCAAUGUGUGCAGGCCGGACUUCUCCACCAUCGACUGUUCACUGGGAUACAUCACCAACUACACCUGCACUGGUGACGAGAGUGAUGUUCAGGAGGCCAGGAAAUCCUUCUUCUCAGGACAUGCCUCUUUCUCAAUGUUCACCAUGCUCUACCUGGCUUUCUACCUCCAGUCCAGGUUUACAUGGCGCGGUGCUCGUCUCCUCCGCCCGCUGCUCCAGUUCACCCUGUUGAUGAUGGCGUUUUACACCGGCCUAUCACGCGUCUCCGACCACAAGCAUCACCCGACUGAUGUCCUGGCAGGCUUUGUGCAGGGAGCCCUGGUGGCCUACUGCAUAGUGUUCUACGUGUCAGACCUGUUCAAGCACAGGGUAAAACCGGCCACGCCCCCACCCUCCCCAAUCAAGAAGGAGCUGCUGCCUUCGUCCGACAUCAUCGAGAGGAACAAUCACCACAACAUGGUGUGAGAGAGGCCACACCUCUUUUCCUGUGACGGAGGAGCCAAUAACAGCGCUGCUCGCCUCCCAUCGGACAGUAGAAUGUAGCGACGAGAGACUGUAGCUGCUUCUCAAAUGGCACCCUCCUCCUCCAUCCUUUUUUGUAGUGCCCUGCCAGGCACUUUGUGGACUAGGGUGUCAGAUUUGAGAAUUGCACUGCAGAGUCCACUCUCACUAUCCAGACUUGUUAUUUACUUUUACGUUAACUACUAAACAACAUUUGAGCCCAUUGUUUUUGAGCAAAAACUGAAAAGAAUUGGAAGCUAGAAGACAAAAUUUAUUAAGAAAUUGAUGACUUGACGAUAGAGCUGAGGGUGUGGAGGUUUGAUAGAAGUGUUACCACCUGAAGUCAAAAACACUUAUGAAGAAAAUGAAGAAAAGAGACAAGAUGAAAAAAAAAAAAGACAAACCCCCUGCCCAGGGAGGGAGGGAGUUCCAGCGACGCCUCCUUUCUGAACUCUCUGUGGCCUCGGAACGCCGUUGGACAACAACUUCCUUAGCUACGGGAACGAUAUUACUGCAAUAACUAGCAGCAUAGAAAUAUUAACAUUAUAGAAAAGUAUAACUUAUAGCACUGUUUUUAAGUCCAUUGUCCGUUAUCACCACUUGCUGCCUGAGAUGUUUGACUGAAAGAAAGUCUGACGAUGCUGAAUAUCCACGAGACAGAAAUACUGACUCCUUAAAGCCAACUAGGCCCAGUGUGGUCCCUCACAAGACUUCAUCCUCAGGCUGGAUGAAGAGGCUUUAAUAACAAUAACUCCUCUUCCCCUGCAAAGAUCACACACUGAUCUCUUUAGGCCCAUACAUCAUCUUUCAGAUCAGUUUCUUUUCAAUAGUUUGGAAAGUGGAGCCCUUCAACCCCUUGUCUCUGUCUCCUGAUUCAACACGUCAGGCUUUUUUAGUAUCGGACUGUCAGUGCAGCCUAAACCCGGGAUGUUGCAUUUCUUGAGGGUUAAAUGUAGUAAAGCAGGGAUAUUUUCUGUGGAGGGAGGGAGACAGAUCCCACACCACCCCCCUUCCAGCACCUGUACAAGAGCCGUGGCUGUGCCAUGCCUCUCUCUGGUGCUGGGGCCGUCUGUUGAGCCUCCCGAAUGGGAGAGAGAAUGGGUGGGCACAUUGAAGAGGGAGGGGUGGUCUGUCCCCGUAGAAAGAGGGUGAUGAUUUACAGCUAAGCUGGCACAUUAUUUUGGGUUGAUUUGGGCUCCUGCCGCUGGCAGGGAGGGGCCUCUCACCCACCCAAUCACUCGUUGGCAAUGGAUGUUUGUGUGUCAAUGUGUGUGUGUGUGUGUGUGUGUUUGUGUGUAUGUGUGUGUGUCCUAGGCUUGUGCUUGUGUGGGUACACUUGUACUUGUACAUGUACAUCUUGUGUUUGUGUGUGUAAAUAUGUUUGAGCGCUGUGCCCUGUGAAACCCCCUCUUGAUAAACAGUGUGUCGGAUGAAACACACACACCCACUGUCAGCUGUGCCAAGUCUGUGUGUUUAUGUGUGUGUGUCUUUGUGCAUGUGCCACUGUGUGUCAGAGAGCGAGAGAGCAGGUGGACGUUAUAAAACAAACCUGUGGAUCUAAUAUUUUUAUUCUCAUCUUUAACCUUGUAUGUUUAUAGCCUGUCUCGUAUAAUCACUAACAGUUGUACAGAACCAGAAACAGACGCCCUUUUUAUUUUCAGCCUACUCAGACAUCCUCCUCCAACAACACACUCCGCCAUGUUGCACAUCUUUCUCAUCGUAUAGUCCGUCCUAUCAUUACACGAAGCCGUUUCACUCUCUUUUUAUAAAUAUAUAAAUAAUGUAUAGAUGACUAAAAUUAACUCUGUAAAAUAUUUGUUUAACAUGUUUAGAUAUAUCCACUAUGAUUACAGACCUGUGUUCUUUACAAAAUGCUGCUUCAAAAGCAUCAAUUGACAGAUUUUUGUAUCUAAAUACCUAUUGUAGAUUGUUAUAGUUAUGUUUGUAAUAUGCAUUAAAAAAAAUACAUCCACAAUUGUAUUAAAAUUCAA